AUGGGCUCAGCUGGUAAUGGAAACGUAGGGGGUUUGCUUGUGAUGAGGGGCACUGGAAUUGUGGUUAAAGAGAGGACGGCAGAGGCCAGCGCAGCUCAGCAAUCUCUGGUGGAAGGAACGGUUGCCUGCGUUUUGAUAGCACCGCGAACUGGCGCAGAACUCCAACCAGUCGAAGAGCACAAGGCCGCAGACAAGACGAACCACCUUGGGCUAGUCGCCCAUCCAGACCGUCGUAUCGUUCCAACCAUCCGACUACGCAAAGACCGAAGACCGGACGACGACCCUCCAUCGGACGACAUUAUAUGGGGCCAACAGGGUCAGAACCACGAGCAAACACCUCUGCAGACUACGGACACAGUUGCGGCAACCAGCAGAGAACAGGGACGGACGACGCGGCAAGAAACCGGGACUACGAAGGGCAACUGCGCAGCCAAGAGACGCAGAGAAGCCUCAAGCUUGCGCAAGAUGCAGCAGCAGAAGCUCAAGCAGAGGAUGAAGAAGGCUCUGGGCAAGAUCCAGAAGAAGCUGCUACACCUAGAAGACUGA